AUGGUGUGGGACGUUAGCUUGGGUACCGUCGUGACUGAAAAGCUUUCGGCUACAAAUGAUGAAAAAUCUACUAUUGUGAAGCUUUUGAGCAAGAAAUCCGAACGGGCCAAACACUUAAAGGAAAUCUAUGUUGAGCGUCAGAAUCUCAUCGAUAAAUUCAAGGGUCAGGUCGUCGUCUUUAAGGAUGAGAUAUAA